UGCCAGGGAUACCGGGUACAGAGCCAUGCCACUCCAAGAGAACUUCCCUGCACUCUGCCUGGCAUGGCCCCGUCACCAGCAUAAGCUGUUUGCAAGAUGGAUAAUUUUGAGUACAGCAUCCAGCUGAACGACCGGGACUGGGCGGAAUUCUACUCGGCCUCCGAAGAAUGCAGCUUGAUCCCGGCAGCUUUAGCUACGGCCGAGGAGCAGCUUCCCGGUGACCUUGAGGAAGGGGAGGCUGAGGAGAGCAGGCUGAUCCGAGUGACAGUGGGGCCGGGGCCGGCUCCCAGCACAGCCAGCUGCCUGCCUCGUGGAGCCCCUCAUGGACACCUGCUCGCUGAAGAGGUUCUGUCUGGCAGCGAAGACGAAACGGAUCUGGGCUCGGUCAGCAGGUUUCUGUGCGACAACAGCCGACGCGGUGCAGCUUUUCCACGGCCUUCUGCAAUCCAGGGAAGUCAACUGUCCCGUGUCUCUUCGGAGCCACUGGGAGAUGAGUUGCCGGAACUUGCCAGAGAAUAUGAGGCUUUAUUGGCUGCAGAAGGGAGAGAAUCAGAGACGGGAGACAGGCUCACUGAAUCUGAUCGUCCUCUACUGGCGGUAGAUGUUGCCGUCCCAAAAACAGAAUUCCAAGGACAAAUCUCAGGGCGGGAAGCAAUGGAGAAACCCUCUUUCUCUGUUCCGACGAACAUGGGUGCCUCAAAGGGAACAGACAGUCAUACAGGAGGACACGGAAGUAGACCCCUUGACUUGGCAUUACAGCGAUCCACAACGGAUAUCUCCAAAACUGCCUUGGUUGACGUCCCGUUACCAUUAUCAGUGGAGAGCAACACAGUUUGCAGGAACCCAGAAUCAGAGUUGAGGGAUCGAAGUGUACCUGGAUCUUCCUCAAGUUUUCCAUCUGCAGAGUCUGAAGGAGCUGAGCACCCAGAAAGGGGUACCAAGCACCUUCAGCCUGACUUGAAGGCAGAAGCGCCAUUGUUCCAGGAAAAACCUUCCCUAUUUCAAGGACAUUCAGUUCCACUGGUAGGGACCUUGGCGCUAUCUGACCCACUGUCAGAGAGCCACGGGGAACGGGUUUUGGAAAGGAGAAGCAAUAAGGAAGAGAAUGAUGCAGAUCUCCAAGAUGAGGGGCAAGCAGACCAGAGUGAGGACUUGACCCAUAGCAUCGUAAAAGAGGAUGGUCAAAUCGACCAAGAAAUCUGCUCUGCUGGCCUUAGGGUGAAUCUGCAAAAGUUCCCAGAAGAACCAGAAGAAAACAAAGGUCUACAACUAAGAAUAGUAACUGAUUCCAGAUGUUCUGGAACAUUAGAUCAGCACAGAGAAACUGCUGCAUUGAAGGUGAAGACCCAGAAGGAUGGCAUUGAGGAACGCUGCCACCAUCUUGGCACAGCUGUGCCAUUCGAAGGGGAACCUCCAAGUACGGCUCAAGGAAGCCAGAGAUCAAAUUUUUUAGAAGACAACAUUCCAUAUUGUCUGGCGCUGGAGAACUCUCUGGAAGGCAACUUGACUGCAAGAGUAUGGCAUCAAGAGUAUGACUAUUUUUCCUGUGGGAACACCCAAGAGCAGGCAGAAGAGAGACAGCACAAGGCGUCAGAAGAAAGCCUAGUUUCAGACAUUGGUCAGGACUUGCCAGAAAUGUACGGGCCUGAAAUGUACGAAUAUUUCUUCACCGACAUGGAAGGGGCUUGCAUGGGCGAGAGUGGCAGGGAGACAGAAACGGGGCUAGAGACACUCAGCAGCUCCGACCAACCGUUGGCUCCAUCGUCUGGCUCCCAGGACUCAGACUCUAUGGCGGCAGAUGACACCACGCAGAUCUCCGUCCCAGAGGUAUACGAACACUUCUUCAACAACGGGGCACAGGACAGGAAGGGCUGGAAGCGGCUUUUCCUGAGCAUGCCGGCUUCAGAGGCGAGGAAGGCCGCGAGAGCUUUAAAAUCCCUCCUAAGCAAACCUGCCCACUUUCUCAGACGUCGUCCCCCAAGCCCUGGGACUCCGCUACGGAGAGGAUCCCGUGGAAAGCUGGUGGUCUUUUCACCAAGGCUACCGGAAGAAAGCCAACCAAGACCAGCAGACCUAAGAAUGGCUGUGAUGUCACCAGAAAGACCCCUGCAGCCGGCUCUCACGCACAGGGACAUGUGCCUGGGCUUCGUGGCAUUUGCUUCCUGGGCCGUCAAGACCUCCAAUCUGCAGGCCCCAGACGCUUGGAAGAUCGUGUUGCUGGCAAAUUUUGGCACCCUAUCAGCCAUCCGCUACUUCAGACGGCAGAUUGUUGCAGGAGAGCACGGCACCUAA